AGGGUUUUCUUUUCUCCCUUCCAACCCUUUCUUCUCCCCCAAAAUCAUAUCAAUUCAUUCUAUCUUGCAAACCCUAGGUGAGAGAAAAACCCCUAAAAUCCCCCAAAUCAAAAAACCAUGACAGGAAAAGCUAAGCCAAAGAAGCACACAGCCAAAGAACUCGCAGCUAAACUCGACGCCGCAACCACCAAUCGUGGUGGCGGUAAAGCCGGUGUUGCAGAUCGUACGGGCGCAGUCAAAGGUGGUCAUGCCAAAUUUGAAUGUCCUCAUUGCAAAACCACUGCUCCCGAUGUGAAAUCAAUGCAAAUUCAUCACGAUUCUAAACACCCAAAAAUCCCUUUUGAUGAAUCCAAGAUUAAUAAUCUUCAUGCGAGUACGUCUACCGAUCCCAACAAACCUAAGCCUGGUGUUCGUGGUAGUUUAAAGAAGUAAUUUUUCCUUUUUUUUUUGUAAUUUUUAUGGUCAAAUUCUGAUUUUGUCAUGUGGGUUCCUGUCAAAACCUGGUUAUGUGAUAUGGGUUUCUUUGUUCUUGAUGUCGUGAGAUAUAAUAUGAUGUGCAGUUGCUUUUCUUGAUCCUGAAUUGAUUGAGGAAAAGAAAGAUUGAUGAACAAAAAGGGGAUUAAGGAGCAUUAAUUUAUUCAUAAUCAAUGUCUUGGCUAUGGAUUAGUGUUUGUUUAUCUUUCAUCAUAUUAAAUCCGAGUUUGUGGUGUUUCAAUAAAUGUAUAAUAGGAGCUUUUCUUCAUCUUUUCUGAUUUCUGAAUAAUUUUGAGAUCUGAGUUUUAAUUAAAUGUAUAAUAGGAGCUUUUCUUCAUCUAAUU